AGUAAUUACAACUCGGCGCUUGGGAGAACAACCAGGUUUCCUUAAAAGCAACACAAUUCAAAGUCUAACAAAAAUCUACUAGUCACAGAAUAAGAAUGUCUGACUCCAAUAACAACUUAAAUGCUCCGGAUUACUCGCGGCGCUGGAACGACGAUAUUGAUAUUGAAUUCGAUGACCAGUUGCUAUAUGCAUCCUACCCAGAAGCGGAAGGUGGGCGUAACUACAAUUCACCCGUAAUCUGCAAUAAUGAGCACGACCCUGAUAACGUGAAUGAAACGAGCCCAUCCCAUUGGGAAAUGGCCUGCUCUCCGGGUCCUUCGGAAAUGACGGACAACCCGCAUGGCGUGGAUUCGGAGUGUACCUCUGACUCCGAAUUGGAAUACCUCUUCGAAGAACCUCCGCCCGUACAUGACGUUAGAUUCUUCAAUCCGAAUUACGAACUGCCGGCCCAAGUGGCCGGUGGUGAUGCCAACACUCCGGAUGAGGCUGAGACGACAGCGACUGAGCAGGCGAACGAUUCGGGCUUGGAUCUACGACCGGUGCCGGCAUCGAUUGAUCUGACGCGAAAUCGACCGCCGACCACCUGGCGUGAGUAUCAUGCCCGCGUUCGGGCCCAGAAUCGUCCGGCGCCGGGCGUACAGCGGCUCUGUGCUGGACAGCCACCCAACCGUGUUCCCGUGUUCUUGGAUGAGGAACUUGGSGUCUAUGUAUUCGUUGCCAACGAUACAGAUUCAGACGACGAGCCGACUCUGCCCCCAUUGGCCAUGGUGCCGCGACGAGGCAACAGUGUCAGCGAUCUGAGUCAGUGCAGCAGCGACGAAGAGCCAGAUAAAAACUAAACAUGUAUACUAACACUAUCGACACUGAUGUAGGACUUAACACUAAACACAGAAAACACACUUAAUACAAACCCCAACUGACAUGCAAUUAUCGAAAGUUUUAUAUCCCUAUACUAUAUAUACCAUA